AUGGAAUACAAUUUGAUUUGCUGCCUUUCUUAUAUGCCGAAGGUUUCCGCCCCCGGACUAAGAGUAGUAGUGAUGGUUAAGCAUAACAAUGUUAUCCCAAACGGACACUUUAAGAAGCAUUGGCAGAACUAUGUGAAGACAUGGUUCAACCAACCUGCCCGUAAAACAAGGAGACGCAAUGCCAGGCAAGCAAAGGCUGUUAAAGUAUUUCCAAGGCCAGCUGGAUCACUUCGUCCUCAGGUUCAUUGUCAAACCUUGAAAUACAACAUGAAACUUAGGGAGGGCCGUGGAUUUUCUCUUGAAGAGUUGAAGGGUGCAGGUAUUCCAAAGAAACUUGCUCCAACAAUUGGUAUUGCUGUAGAUCAUCGUCGUAGGAACCGUUCUUUGGAAGGUUUGCAAGCGAAUGUCCAGAGGCUAAAAACCUUUAAGGCUAAGCUAGUAAUCUUCCCAAGGCGUGCAAGGAAAACUAAGGCGGGUGACUCAACACCUGAGGAGCUUGCAAAUGCUACUCAAGUGCAAGGUCAAGUGUUACCAAUUGUGAGGGAGAAGCCAGUUGUUGAACUUGUGAAGAUUACUGAAGAGAUGAAAUCAUUCAAUGCUUACGCUAAACUUCGUGUUGAAAGAACAAACAAACGUCACUUGGGUGCUCGCCUCAAGAGGGCUGCAGAGGCCGAGAAGGAAGAAAAAAAAUAAUAACCAAAAUUAUAUUUUUCGAUGUUUUUUUUUUUUUUUUUUUUUUUUUUUUUUUUUUUUUUUAAUUUCAAAUAUGUUUAAAGAUUCUGCUUUGGAGACCUUGUGGUUGGUUUGGUUUUGUGUUUAAUUGUUUUGAAUUAGUUGCUUCGCUAAUCAUACGAAACACCCACUGCAAAUAAUCUUUUUGUUUGUGAAAUUUAGAAAGAACCACAUUAUUUAAUUUUUAAAGUUUUAACCGCUAUAUGGCUGAAAUCUAGAAAAAACAUG